AUGUGUAUAGAGGACAAGAGAUUGAUUACAUUAAGAUUAGCUAAAUAUGAUUUAACUUUUGAGUGGGAUAAACUACAAAACUACGAUAAAGACGUAUGGAAUAAGAUUGCAUCAGAACAAUUACUAAAACGAAGAAAAAAAACGAAUAAAAAAUGUUUCAGGCGAUUUUUAAGAUUAUUAAAAUAUUAUGAGGAAUUGAAAUUUAUGACGAUUCAACGUCGACUAGCAAUUGAAUGGCCACAUUAUUAUACAUUCAAUUUCUUUGAGAAGCAAUGUAUUGCAAAGAUCGAAAGAGAGGAAGACUUGGAGAACAAAAUAAAUUAAAUAAGAUUUGCUUAGUUAUCUUGAUAACUUUUCACACUAUAUUAUUAUUAUUGUUUUAAGUUUUGUUUGAAAUUGGAGUUUCAUCAACUAAUUAUUAAUCAUAAUCCAAGGCUUUUGCGACCAUUUAUUUUUUUACAAGUUCAUCAAUAAUGUACUGCUUGCAAAAGCCUUGG